CACGGAGCUCCUCUUGCUCAAAGACAGAAGGACUAAAUUGAGACAGAGCACAGUAGAAAUCCUUUGAAUUCGUCUCCUGGCAGGGAGCUAUGGCUGCUUCCACUUCUUCGACGCUGUUUUGGAACCGGACAGCUUGUGCUUCUUCUGUGUCAUGCAACAUCCCAGCUCGAGCAAAUGCACUUGUUCCAAUUUUGGCCUCCAGCAUUACAUUCAGAAUUUCUCCUUCAGAUUGUAGAAAAUCUCGCUUUGUGACCGUCGCUGUAUCGCAGAAGAAUGGAGUUGGGAAGAUUGGUAUCCGAGCGCAAGCUAGUUCGACAGUUUUGGUUGCCAAAGAGUUGGAGCGUGUGGCUGCCAAAGAAAGUCUCCUACUUUCUAUCAGGGAUGCCGGAGGUUUGCAAGGGUUGGCGGAUCCCGAAGCAGAUGCUCGUGCGAGAAUAGAUGUCAACGAAAAGAUACUCAUGUUGGAACGGCUGAAUCCAACUCCUCGACCAACAACGUCGGCACUGUUUGACGGGUCGUGGGAGUUCCAGUUUGCAGGAGCUCAAAGUCCUGGUCUUGUUGCCGCACAAACGCUCCUCAAAGGAUUCUCUCCUUCACUGGCUUCUAUCACUUCGCUCACUCUUCUCAUCGGGGAUGGAGUUGCGAAGGCGACGGGAAAACUCAAAGUCUUGAACACGGUUGAGAGCAUCUUCACUUUGACCUCAAAGCUUGAAGUGGAAGGCCCGCUGAGAUUGAAAGAAGAAUAUGUCGAGGGACUCAUCUCUACACCAACGGUACCUGAAGGAACUAUACCAUCGCAGCUGAAAGGAGUUAUGGAACAGUUUACAGCAGCUGUUGCACAACUUCCAGACAACAUGAAGGACAUUGUUUCUAGUGGUGUAAAACUUCCCUUAAACAACACUUUCUCAAGAGAGCUCCUCGUUUCGUACUUGGACGAAGAAGUUAUGGUUGCUCGUGAUAAAUCGGGUAUACCAGAUGUUCUUGUUCGUGUUGAGUCGUAUGUCACUUCCACCGUUGUGCCUGAAUACGUCAGCUGAUGCUUGCAUUAUGUGAUUACAAAGCUUUGUCCCUGUACUGUGUAAUUUAUAAUUCGUUCCAAUCACAAGAGAGGCCCAAUAAGAAUUAAGAGCAAAGGGUAUUUUCCUUCUUUGAAGGCAAGCUAGUUGAUUGCCAUGGACAUACAGAAUAUACUUCCAUUCUUUUCAUUACAGAAGACCUUAAGUUGCCCAUAAUGUCCAGCGAAUUUCGCAAAGCCGAAGCUGUUAUUUACAUGUAGCUGGCUUCCGUUUCUAUUGUGGUCGACGCAGUGCCUAGGCUGCUCCUACUCCAUAAUUCCCGGUUAUGGUCCGUGCACCUCUGUUAUGCGUUGUACUUUCACUAACCUUUGUGGUUCUCUGCAGGUUCGAUACUUCAGUGCUGUCAAUACAGUAUACUCACUGAUUGUCGAGUGUCUACCUUAUCGAUUAUAUUAUUAUAGAUUGCUGAACUCUUACCUGUAUCCGUUGCUUUUGUUUUGUACCUAUC